AUGCCGAGACCGACCUAUCCCCCUCCCCUUCCUCCGCCCAUCUCCACGACAUGCCCGCCCGCCGACACCACUGCUGCUCCACUGUUAGCUGCUAGCCCGCUCGCGCUCUAUUCGGUGCCGCCGUACAACGGUCCUGAGCCGGCGCUGGCCCCAUAUGAUCCCAAUGCUGGAUCUCGUGGCUUUGGUCGUGGCAGAUCGGCCAAAAAGAGGCAGAAGCAGGAGCCAGUGGAAGAUGAUGACGAUGCUCUACCUGCAGAGGACCAGAACAUGCCCUCAAAGAAGGUGAAGAAAGGACCUCAGGCCAAGAAGGAGUGCAAAAAGCCAAAGACAGACGGACCGUCCCUUUCCGUGAGGAGAUUGAAAGCGACAUUAUCUCAGCCUUUGAAAAAGUCGGCAAGUCGCGCAAAGGACAUUCACAUGUACAACGGCAUCAGUACCGACAUACUACAGAUUACGAUGGAGAAUCUGAGGCUGAAAUGCCGCUGA